AUGGCUCCUGCAGCUGUGGAGUUCCCCGUUCCUAUUCCCAAAUCUCUCGAAACAACGAAAGAUGUACAGGCGAAUGAGGAUUUGAAGUCACCCGACUCCCCACUACCAGAAGUCAAGGUGUUUGAGGCCGCAACUUGCAAAGUUGAUGAAUUGGUCUCCGCCCUCCGCGUUUCUGGCGGUUUGAUAGUUCGUGGAAUAUUGAACGAAGAGGAAAUUGCAAGUCUUGAAAAGGAUACUCGCCCCUGGCUGGAAAAAGAUACUGCUUGGGACGAUGGAGGUUUCUUUCCUAAGGAGACACGAAGAGCUUUUGGAAUGGUGACCAAGUCUAGAACGUUUGCCGACCGCAUCGUCGGCCAUCCGCUCUGGAUUGGUGUGACAGAGGCCUUGUUGAGCAGCACAUUGGUGCAUAAUUGGAUCGGAGAGAAAAAUGAAGUAUCAAAGUCCGGUCCACAACUCAACAAUACCAUUGUUUUCAGCAUUGGCCCCGGAGCCCAUGCACAGGCCUUGCACCGAGACGACGCAAUCCACCAUGUCUACCACCCGGCUGCUGCAAGCCACACAAUUGGGCGUGAUGCGGGCAUCGGUUUCUUCGUUGCUGGCAAGAGAACCACGAAACGUAACGGUGCCACACGCUUCAUCCCCGGCUCGCACCUCUGGGACUAUGCCGCGGGCCCGCCACAGGAGUCCCAAGCAUUCUACGCCGAGCUUGAGCCCGGUGAUGGCCUUAUGAUGUUGAGUGGCUGUUUCCAUGGCGGAAGCGCGAAUAUGACGGACCAGCCUAAUGCUGAUGGAGAGGUCAAGUUAGAAGAGAGACUGGUCUACAGCACAUUCAUGACCAAAGGUUACCUUCGGCAAGAAGAGAACCAGUACCUCAUUCACGAUCUCGACAAAAUCCGAAAGUUGCCAGAAAGAAUGCAGGAGCUCGUCGGGUAUGGGCUAUCUAGACCAUUUUGUGGGUGGAUCGACCUCAAGGACCCGAUGCUGUGGUUGCACCCUGAUCGAUCAGUAGGUCACGGAGAUUUGUUUUAA